CAGAUAUAAAUUGGCGCGUUUCAGUCACACGCUUCAUCAAACGCCUGCUGAUCAUUUGAAACGAUACACAAAAGUGACUUAUUUCGAAUCAAUUAUGGCUAAAAGUUACACUUUUUCGUUGUUUGUUGUGGCAAUUUUAUUUUGCUCGUUUUACGUACGCGAUUCGGAAGGCGUUUAUGGUAUAUUGACGCCACAAGAGGGAAAACGCGCUUUUGAAAGUGAGUCUUUGAAUCGAAAGAUUUCCACGCUUGAAGCAAUACGGGCGAAAUUACAACGGAAGGAAGCAUUCAACGCUGUGAUCUCGAAAAUGGUAUGUAAUCCACAUGUAAUAAUUUUAAACCAACGGGGAUAUUAAUAAACAGCAGUAUAUUUAUAGGAAAUAUGCAACUGUACCUGAAAGCAUACAGUAUAAACAGAACUUCCACCUUUUCGAGCGAAGGCUUUUCUUCAGAUGUUAGUAUAUUCGCAUGAUAACAGCCUCAAUUUGGCUACUAAUCACAACUUGCCGUCUAAUUAAGCGCCUUCGCUCGAAACGUCGAAGUUGUGUAAAGAUUUUUCAGUUAAUUGUAUAUUUCAUAUAAAAAAUGGCUAUUUGUUCUACCCGCUGGCAUAGGUGUUAAUAAACCCUACAAUACAUUAUUUAUGUGCAGAACAAACAUGCAAGCUAUAAUCUGUUCACAUUUAAGACCAUAAUUAGCGCUUUGAUAUUUUUAUAGUUUUAAUUUAUUAGUAAGAUAUAUAGAUGCACAGUAUAUAAGUUUAUAGUCGGAAUCACUUUCACUCGGCGAUUCCCGGAAUCGUGAAUCCUGUUUUUCCGGUUUAGUCGUUUAGCAAAACUUAACUUACAUACGGAUGUCCCUUACUACUGUAGACUUUUAGAAAGAACAGUUUUUUAAAUUAACAGACCUAUAUAGAGAAUAAAUCACAAAGUUGGAUUUGUUCAGGCUUUUUCCAGUUAUAAUACUGUGUCUGGAUCGAUAAGGAAUGACACGUACUACUAUAUAAAUAUUAGGAAUAUAACUCUGCCGUGUACGGACGAUGUGUAUGGCAAAAAGUUGAGAUUUUUUCCUUGCCAGUUAAGGAGCCUUGUUCCAAAUCUAUUCGUGCCAGCUUUUGGAAAAUUUGUUCGUCAACUGCACGGCGCCAUGGAACUUGACAAGUGUACAAUUAAGAAAUAUACUUUUGUGGUUUUGGCAAACGAAAGGCGGUUUUGACUGACGUGAGAUAAAUGUUUAACAACAUGUUAACAUUCCGUGCACACGAACAACAAAUGAGCUUGUCAGGGAAAACUUGUUGACCGCCCGUACACACGAGAAUUAAGUAAACUUGUCAUGCAAGGAAACUUUGCUCGUCUGUGUAUUUGCUCAUCUCAUAUAUUGCAUGCAUGCUAACAGUUUGUACUGUAUAUACAUAUAAGAGAUAUAAUGUUUUAUAUAAAAAGUAACAACUGCAUGCUGUCCGAAUGGCAACACUGUCGAAAUAUGUGAGUAGUUCAGGUUUCUUAAUUUCUGUAUAGUAACAAUUGAUCAAUAAGGGAUGACUUUUUACUGCUAUAUAUACCUCUGGGGAGAACAGUUUAGAACUGAUAUAGAGCAUAUCAACAAAUUAAGUCUAGUUUGUGUUAAUUCGAAUUCCUUGAUUAUUUGAAUUGUAGGAUUUUCUAAAGCUAAUUAGCUAUAGAUAGUGGAUUUUCACUAGGCUAAGUUUUACGCGGGAAGAAUUUUCUUUUAUCUUCCUUGUCAGAAUUAAGAGCCCCUAGCUCCAGAGGCUCUUUGCCUCUGGAACCAUACAGUGUAAAUUAAGAGUAUAGAAUAUCAUUUUAAAACGGACUCGUGGAGCGGAAAUAUCGCUUCGUGUGCCGCGAUUUUGAAUUCAAUUAAAACCAGCCGGCUAAAGAUUUUAUCGUUUCCUAUUAAAAGUAUAACAUUUUCAGUUGUUGCUACUCAGAUUCACUCACAGCCUAGCUGGUGGUCUUUGUACAACAUCGAAUCAAACAAAGCCAUGCUAUCGCUUAUGAAUAGCCAGCAUGCAGCAAGCGAAAUCCAAAAAUGGAAGAAUUAGCGACGAUUGCAUAUAUAUUGUAUCGCGAUUGAGCCGGGUUGACACACUUCCUAAACCUAAUUUAUGCUGAUUGACUUACGCAGAUUGCCAUGCAACGAAGUGGGCGAAAAAUGAGGGCGAAUUAUCUAUCGUUUGCUGAUAUUUUUCUUUUUUUAAUAGAUACGUGAUCAAGCUGCUCAAAUAAACAUCGACAGACCAAUUCCUGAAGAACUGAAUAACAACAAUUGAGAAAAAAAAACACAGAAAUGUAGAAUUAUAUAAUGAAAACAAUUGCAACGUACUAAUAUAAAUAAAUAAGCUUCAAAUUAACUAAAUCCACAGUAUUUUGCUCCUAAGAUCUAGGUUAUUUACAGUUAAGUGUGCUGCUAAUGGAUUAAUUUAAAAACUAUCAAUAUUAUUAGAAAAAUAUAACAAAUAAUUGUAUUGAU